AUGGUCAACUCCUGUUGUGGCUCCAUCUGCUCUGAGCAGGGCUGUGGCCAAGGCUGCUGCCAGCCCAGCUGCUGCCAGCCCAGCUGCUGCCAGACCUGCUGCAAGACCACCUGCUGCCGCCCCAGCUGCUGUGUGUCCAGCUGCUGCAGACCCUCCUGCCAGUCUGUGUGCUGCCAGCCCUGCUGCCACCCCAGUUGCUGCAUCUCCAGCUGCUGCCGCCCCAGCUGCUGUGUGUCCAGCUGCUGCAGGCCUUGCUGCCAGUCUGUGUGCUGCCAGCCCUGCUGCCGCCCCAGUUGCUGCAUCUCCAGCUGCUGCCGCCCCAGCUGUGGUAGUUCCAGCUGCUGUGGCUCCAGCUGCUUGCCGGCGCCCAGCUGCUGCCUGCGGCCCGCUGUGGCCCAAGUCUCCUGCCACACCAGUUGCUAUCGCCCAACCUGUGUCAUCUCCACCUGCCCCCGCCCCAUGUGCUGUGCCAUUCCUUGCUGCUGA